GACAGAAAUGGUAGGUGCACAAGACUGAAAUACAAGACAAAUAAAAAAGGAUGAAAAGAAAUGAAUGAUAGACUGCAGCUACAAGAUAAAAGAGGAAAACAGUGGGCCAACUGAGACCGGAAAGAAGGGAGGAGACAUUGUAAAAAAGGAACGGUAAUGUCACUGAUAGAUCUCUGAGUUCACAUACAAACUUCUUCAGAAAGUCAGUGUAACAGAGGAACUGAAAAGACACUAAGGAUAUACCCAAGAAGAACAAGAAGGUGGACUGAAGAAUGGCUGGAAUUAAGACAUCCAGUGGUGAUUAUAUAGAUUCCUCCUGGGAGCUGAGGGUCUAUAUUGAGGAACUAGGAGAAGAUGCUGAACCAGUGAUACUUCGUGUGACUGGGGAAAUGCACAUUGGAGGUGUUAUAUUACAAGUGGUGGGAAAAACAGGUAUUUCACGGGACUGGUCUGACCAUGCUUUGUGGUGGAAGCAGAAACGUCAGUGGCUUCUAAAAACAAACUGGACUCUGGACAAAUAUGGUAUCCAGGCUGAUGCCCUUCUCCACUUCAUGCCCCAACACAAACCAGUUAUCUUAUCUUUGCCUAAUCAGCGUUCACUGAGAAUCCGAGUCUGCUUCUCCAGCACAACAUUUGGUUCCUGCGCUGAGGUCUGUAAAGUCCUGGGUAUAAGACAUCCAGAGGAGCUUUCAUUUCUAAAAGCACCAGAAGAAAGAGAAAAAAAGAAGAAGAAAGAGAAAGACCCAGUGACUCAGGAGAUCUUUGAUUUUACAUGCUUACAGCCUUCAAAUGUCAAUGCAGGACAGGUGCAGGUAGGGGGGGUCCCUUCACACUUCAUAGGCAGUCCUGAGGGGCAGGAUUGUUACAAAGCACUUUCUGUCUGCCGCACUGGACUCGCCCCCGAGGAUAUACAGAAAAGAUACAAACCAACAUCAGUGGUGGAGAAAUCUGCAAUACAUGCCAGGUGGCUUGACUCUUCCAAAUCUCUAAUGCAGCAGGGAGUGAAAGAAGGAGACAGAUUGUGGUUGCAGUUUAAAUAUUUCACUUUCCAUGACUUGGACCCAAAGAUGGAUGCUGUCCGGAUUAACCUGCUUUUCGAGCAAGCCCGUUGGGCUGUGUUGUUAGAGGAAACAGAAUGCACAGACGAGGAGAUGAUGGUGUUUGCUGCUCUUCAGUAUCACGUCAAUAAAUUGUCAGUAACUGCUGAUCCUAUGCAUUUGCCCAAUGACCCUGCUCUGCAGGACUUGGAUGAGGCACUAUCACAUCUUGAAGUCAAACUGGAGGUAUCUACUGCCAAUGAAGCCUUGGAAAGCAUUGCACUUGAACCAGAACUUCAAGAAUAUCUGCGAGUGUUUAGGCCACGAAAAAUGACUCUGAAAGGUUAUAAACAGAACUGGGUGAUGCUGAAAGGAACCAACGUGUCUUGUUAUAAAAGUAAAGAAGAAGCUAGAGGGGAGCCACUGAUUCUGCUGGCCCUGAAAGGAUGUGAAGUUAUUCCAGAAGUUAAUGUUGGUUCGCAAAAGUUCUGCAUUAGACUCCUGGUUCCUUCUCCAGAAGGAAUGAAUGAAGUGUACCUACGAUGUGAAAAUGAGCAGCAAUAUGCCCAAUGGAUGGCUGGAUGCCGCCUGGCAGCUAAAGGACGCACUAUGGGUGACCCCUCUUAUGAUGCAGAAGUACAAAGCAUUCUUUCCUUCUUAGAUCUCCAAAAAUCUAAUGAAAACACUGCAGCUGAAUCCAUCAACAUGCUUGCCUUGGUGUCACCACGUUAUCAGAAGAAGCUCAAACUUAAGCAGUUAUCCCCUCGUAUCCUGGAGGCAUAUCAGAAUAUAGCACAGAUUUCUCUAGUAGAGGCUAAGCUACGUUUUAUUCAGGACUGGCAAUCCGUACCAGAUUUUGGAAUAUCAUAUUUUGUUGUAAGGUUUAAAGGUGCUCGUCGGGAUGAGAUCCUGGGUAUUGCCAGUAACCGUUUAAUUAGAAUUGACCUGAAUGUUGGAGAUGUGGUGAAAACCUGGAUGUACAAUAAUAUGAAGCAGUGGAAUGUUAACUGGGACAUCAGACAGGUUUCCAUUGAGUUCACCGAGAACAUUAAUGUUGCCUUUACCUGUGUCUCUGCUCCUUGUAAAGUUGUCCAUGAAUACAUAGGAGGCUACAUCUUUAUGUCUACGCGAGCUAAAGGAGGAUCCAAAGGUCUCAAUGAAGAGCUGUUUCUCAAACUAACUGGUGGCCAUGAGGCUUUAUAAUAUUUUUUUUUAAUGUUCCUCAUAACCAUCCAAACUUGUGUUUCUGUAUAAAAUAAUUAAACCCCCCUAAACAGUCCUAGAUAAUAAUGCAAGCAGAAUACCG